CAUUCAUUGGUGUCAGUGGGAGGAAUAUUACCCCAUCAUUGGGGGUCAGUGGGAGGAAUAGUGCCCCAUAAUUGGUGUCAGUGUGGUGGAAUUAGUACCCCAUCAUUGGUGUCAGUGGUAGGAUUAGUGCCCACAUCAUUGGUUUCAUGUGGAAGUAAUAGUGCCCCAUCAUUGGUGUCAGUGGGAGGAAUAGUGCCCCAUCAUUGGUGUCAGUGGGGAGGAAUAGUGCCCCAUCAUUGGUGUCAGUGGGAGUAAUAGUGCCCCAUCAUUGGUGUCAGUGGGAGGAAUAGUACCCCAUCAUUGGUGUGUCAGUGUGGAAGGAAUAGUGCCCCAUCAUUGGUGUCAGUGUGGAGGAAAUAGUGCCCCCAUCAUUGGUGUCAGUGUGGAAAGUAAAAGUGCCCCAUCAUUGGUGUCAGUGGGAGGAAUAGUGCCCCAUCAUUGGUGUCAGUGGGAGGAAUAGUGCCCCAUCAUUGGUGUCAGUGGGAGGAAUAGUGCCCCAUCAUUGGUGUCAGUGGGAGGAAUAGUGCCCCAUUAUUGAUGUCAGUGGGUGGAAUAGUGCCCCAUCAUUGGUGUCAGUGGGAGGAAUAG